AUGAGUGAGAAAAUUUUAGAAGAAGAUAAUGAAGAUUAUAAUAUUGAUGAAACUAAUAAAGAAAAUAAUAUUAAUUAUAAUAAAAAUAAAGAUAAAGAUGAAGAUAUAGAUUAUAUGAUACAAGUUAAUAUUGAAGAAGAAUUAA